AUGCGAGAGGUGCUUGGAAGUAUAGCUGAAACACGACAGUAUCUUAGCGCCGGUAAUCCUGGGACUGCAGGUGAACCUGCUGGUCCAAUGCGGCAUAGCCUGUCAUUGCAAGGCGUAGGUGCCCGCCUCGAGGAGCUGGAAGAUGUUGAUCAAGCUAGUUCCUGCUCCAUCUCUUAUUCAUGCCCCGGUGCUAAUCCAGUUCUCCUCCCUGGCGGCACGGCUGCUUGUACGGUUCCUGGUACAAGACAACUGCAAACCCUUGGCGAGCCGAUCAUGUUCUUAGGCAAACGACCUGUCGCUAGUCUGGCCCCACGGUCCAGUGGCGAUCGUCUACAUCAUUCCUCCCGACGCUAUGAAGAUCCUUCAGCAAUUAGUCCAUCUGUUCCUGUGUCAGGUGUAGGAGUUGGGCGAGUCAUACCAGAUGACCGGCUUAAAGGGAUUCACCAUUCGCGACUGGCUUCAUUAUCGGCCAGUGACGUUUCAGGCUUGGCCAAUGUGGUUGGAUCCGGUGAGCCGGUAGCGAUUGUAACUGGAGCAGCAGGCGAAAAUGGUGGGGCCAGUGUACCCUGUUUACCUUUCGGGCAUUUAACCAUUAGUACUUCUCCAGCUACUUCUGGACAUCUCGUAGUGGGAAAAUACACCACUGCCUCUCUAUCCGGUCAUUUGUCGAGCAUCCAUUUGGAGACGAGCACGUCUACUUCGCUCGUUAGUGGCGACUCAGGUCGCCGUCAGCCAUCCUAUAAUACUCCUAGUGCAAAUCACAAUGCGACUACAGUUAUUGCCGCUAUCAACACUUCUAAGAGUCAAGGAGAUUCUCAUCAGACGGAGAUAGUCAGAACGACGACGGAUGCUAUUGCAACUCAGAUAAACCCUGCAAAAGCAGCGGCCACUCCCAUGCCACAACAUUCUGGACGGAUGACUGCAAAAGCGAAACGCGGUCCUCUUGCGAGUACAUAUAACUUAGCUCUGGGAGCUAGGCUCUUAUCGUCUCAUUUAUUCCUUUUUCUCCUUAUCAUGGGAGAAAAUUCUGAGAUAGGUUGGCUUUUCGUUUGCAUGGCGACUACUCCUUCGCCUGGUAUGAAGUCUGCAUUUUAA